GAAGCCGUCUUCAAAUUCGUGGCUUGUCUUCGGCAGCAUGCUGCGCUGCGAAAUGUGGCGGAUGGCGCGUACUGGGUGUGCGCCUACGCCAAUAAUCAGCACAAGCUCGAGGAAGAAAUCUGCGCAAAUCCGCGCUCAACUUCAUUUUAUCGCGCGAUGCAGUUAUCCAUAGGCGUCGUACUGAUCUUGGAUGAGAAAGCAACGCCUUUCACAAGGAUUUGGUGCUGUUUUGAGGAAAGCAUCGCCGUGGAAGAACGCAAUGCUGGGAUGCCGCUGCUCCUGGAUGUGGCUGCGACUGAUUCUGCCAACGAGGCGCACGUGCUGACUGAUGGCUUGGCGGCCGCAGAGGCGUGCCGGAUGCCGCUGCUUGGCUUUUUGGCCAAGUCUGUGCGUGAAGCAGCCUUCCCCACACCACUGGUGCAGAAGGGCCUGGAAGUUGACAUCGCGCGAGCCGAUGCCAGCCACGCGUCGGACAAGACAGCCAUCCUGAAUUCCAUCAGGUUGCCACGUGCAAGGACCAAGGUACUCUCUGACCCCGCACCAUUGGACGAUCCAAAUUAUACAGCCGUGAACCAGGCGUUGGCGGCGCACUUUGCACUGGCGUCGUGGUUCGGGUCCGUGGCGCGGAAACGCGACUCGUUCGACUCCUCCAAGCUCUUGAGCGCCCUGGCGGCAGACAGCUUUCGGAGAGUGGUGCAGCUGUCCUUCACGGGCUGCUGUGGCUUCACAGAUGCGGAGCUGAACCAGCUGCUGCGGCACCUUCCCAGGCAGCUGCUGAUGCUUCGUUUAGAUAUGGGCUUCAGUGGAGUCCAAUGCUGGGCUUUCCCAGAGGUCGAGGAGAUGGAGAUGCCUCCACUGCAGGAACUCAGCCUGCGCUUCACGGGCUCCCACCUGGCAAACGCUUCGGGCUUGGGGCAGAUGCUCGGUGCCAAGCCGAUGUCGCAGUCCUUGGUGGAACUGGGCUCAUGGGAGCAUCUCACGAAGCUGAAACUGGAAGAAUUGGUGUUGCAGCUGAACUCUUGCAAGGCCGUCACUGACGAAGCCAGGCAAUCCUUGUAUGAUUGCGUCCAACGUCUGAAACGUCGUCAGAGAGGAUUGGAACUGCGCUUGAGGAUCGAGGGUGUGGCUGAGCGAUCAUGGCCCUGGGUGCCAUGUCAGAGGCCAGCUGUCAAGGAUUUGGAGUUGGCAGGCGGCAAGAGUGUGGACAAGUUGGAGAAUUUUGGAAGUGAGACUCUACCAUUCCCAUGUAGCUACGGCGGCUGCGACAUCUUCCAUUCGAACUUGAGUGGCUUUUGCCCGAAGCACCGCAUGUGGCGGCAUUGUUGGAAGUCGGCGCGCGUUUGGCAGACAGCUUGGUGCUGGACCGAGCUCAGCUUGCUCUGCGCGAUCCAGGCCGCGGCCGAGAUCGAGCAUCGCGCCACGCUGGUGGCCAUCCUGCUCUCGUUGUAUCCGGUGUUCUGCUUGUCAUUGGAAGAGUCUGUGGGAAUUCCAUGGGCCGUGACUUGCGCAUUGCUCUUGGUCGCCGUGAUUUGCAGCUUGGUAACUACCAGCGUGCGCUUUGACAACAUGCGAGUACAGAUUCUAAAGCAAUCAGUGGCAACAGAAGCAAGCUACUCUCAGGUGCUGCAGUUGCCAGAUUCUGGCAACAUGCUUCGAGUUCCUACCAUGGCGGGCUGCAGCUACCCAGAUUCGAGCGUUUUGCAUCAACGAAGCACGGGCUUGAGAGCCAUGAAGUUGGUGCUUCCCAAUGCAACUGUGAAGAUCAAACUCUUGACGCAUUUGAGCAACGAAGAGCAGCAAAGCCCAGAGACAGUGUUGGACGCCCUGCGAUGUGAACUGGUGUGCGAAGACAUGCUGGGAGUGCAGGAGGCAUUCAAGGGCUUGGAGGACAGAAUCCAGAGCGAAGACCUGGCUUCCCUGCAAAUCGCUGCGGUUCAGGAUACCUUUGCGGAGAUGAGCGGCCACAAGUGCUGCCAGGUGAUCCUGCAGAUGGAGAAUCAUUUUGCCUCGGUUUUUCUCAUGGAUGCGUUCCUCACGAGGAUGGACAAUGAGCUGAGCAGCGUGACCAAGUUGGCCGCGCAGUUUGGGUUGCUAGACGACAUGAAAUCCAAGUGGGAGACUUCAUUAAGGCUUUGGAAUUCCGUGUCUGACGUUCGCAGACCUUUGGUCCUUGCAGGGACCAUCUUCUUGCAAGUUCUGGCUUUGGCCAUGUCCAUGUUCAUGGCACUUCAAUAUUUCCUACGCUAUGCUCACAGGAUCCGGCCCCAAUUGCCUGACUUGGUUUUGGAUGGCUUGCUGCUGGACAGAGGAGAGGAGUCCGGUGAGACUAUCCUGGAGGCCAUAUUUUUGGCACUGCCCUACCUCGUUUUGGUGGCCGUUUUCCUGCAGCAGUUGUUGUGUCGGAAGCAAAGCAGGAACAGGCCUCAACCGACGAAGAUCCUGUACGAGCGAUACUUUGGGUUGCGCGGAGCUUACUACCCCGUCAAGGUGGCGAUUUUGCAAGGUCUCACCGUCAUGGUGCAAGCCUUUGGAAAAAUCUCCUUGUCGGGGGGCCUCGUCACCUUUGCCCAAGAAGAGCAGGACGCGACUGCCAUUUUUUGGCUUAGUGUUGGCUUCUGGGCUUUCUUUGCUCUGCUGUGUUGGAACAGUCUCUAUCCCGCCUUUCUUCUUAUGUUCCCUGACACUGCUUGGGCUCGAAUUGGAGCAGCAUUUACGGAUGCUGCUCUGGACCUUGGCUACAUCUUGACCUACGUGGGUAUGGUCUUGGUGGCCAUGCUGCGAUUGCGGACAGCCUCCGAAGGUUGGGGAAAUUUUGGCGAGGACUUGAUGUUGCAGUUCAGCAAUCGUAUCAGCCCCGUGUUCGCUUUUCCCACCGAUUUAUUGGGCUAUUGCGCCGUGUAUUUCAACUUGGCGCAUGCAAGCUGCAUUGCACACAUUUUGCAGCACACUAAUUGGAGUUUGCCAGUGCGACCCAGGGGCGAGCGCCAAAAGUCGAGAUGCCUUCCAAGACUAUUUGGGUGCUCCCUUUCCAUUGGGCUUCUUUCGCUGCUGAUAAAGCUCCUUGUGACGCAGGAAGUCUUCCCAACGACCCAUGGACGGGAUUUCACGUGUUUCCCGUGCUAUUGCGUUAAAGAUGUUGGCUCGGCUGGCCAACAGAUUAGCAGCUGCACCCUUGCAGUCGUUCUCAGACAGACGCAGGUGAACCUCGCUGCGAAGAACAUCACUGCCGUGGACCCAAAGGCUUUCAGCAAACUCGGACAUGUGCAGCGCCUGUCAUUGGCGAACAACAGCUUGAUCCAUCUGCCUCCGGGCGUCUUCGAAGGUCUAUCAUCAUUGGAGCAGUUGGACUUAACACGAGUUAAGCUGGAAACACUGCACGAAGAUUCUCUUUGGGGCUUAAAGCAGCUGAAACUAUUAGCGAUGAGCGAGAACCGGCUCACUGAGCUCUCGGCUGCAAUGCUCCGACACCUGCCGCUGUUGGAGCAGCUGCUCUUGGGCGGCAAAGAACCCGAGGACGGGUUUGGGCCCAACAUCGUGACAGGUAAUCGCAUCACGGAGCUCGGGGCCAUCUUCGGACACAACGAACAGCUGCAGGUGAUUGACUUCAGCCAAAACCAACUCCAGAAGAUUGACCCGACUACCUUUGCAGGACUAAAGAAGCUCCGAUGGCUGAGCUUAGGGUUGAACAAGUUGACGUCAAUUCCUGCGGGAACAUUGCAAGGCCUUGCUGAACUCCAGCAACUCAAUCUGGAGUACAACAAGUUGACAACAAUUCCUGCGGGAACAUUCCAAGGACUUGGGCAACUGCAGACACUCUAUCUGUGCGGCAACUAUUUGACGACAAUUCCUGCGGGAACAUUCCAAGGCCUCGAGCAACUGCAGAAACUCGAUCUGCACGACAACAAGUUGACGACAGUUCCUGCGGAAAUAUUCCGAGGACUUGAGCAACUGCAGGAACUCUAUCUGGAGUACAACGAGUUGACGACAAUUCCUGCGGGGGCAUUCCAAGGCCUUGGUGAACUGCGGGAACUCGAUCUGAAUGUCAACAAGUUGACGACAAUUCCUGCGGGAACAUUCCAAGGACUUGGUCAACUGCAGACACUCAGAUUGUACGGCAACAAGUUGACGACAAUUCCUGCGGGAACAGUCCAAGGGCUUGUCAACUGCAGAAACUCUACCUGGGGUACAACAAGCUGA